AUGAGGACUUUCAACAUCAUCCCCACACUCGCCCUAUCAUGGGUAGCUACUGCCAGCGCACCUACCUAUGAUGGCUUUGACGUCGUCUGGGAGGACUCUUUCGAGGGUUCUGCUGGCUCUCUUCCUGAUACAUCCAAGUGGAUCAUGCAGGAUUGGUACAAGAAUCUUAACGGCGACUGGCAAACGUACACAACCAGUCCCGCGAACCAGCAGCUCACUGGUGAUGGCUCUCUCCUCAUCAUCCCCCGGAGGGAUUCAUCUGCUACCAAGGGUUGGACUUCCGGUCGUCUUGAAAGUGCAUACACUUUCACCCCUGCUCCAGGAGAGCGCACCAUUGCCGAAGCAUCUCUUCGGCUGGGUAAUGCUCCUGCAUCCGGUAAGCAAGGUAUCUGGCCCGCUUUCUGGCUCCUCGGCGACAGUCAUCGCAAGGGAACUCUCAUCUGGCCAACUUGUGGCGAGAUAGAUAUCAUGGAAAACGUCAACGGUGAGACCAAAACCCAAGGCGUUAUCCAUUGUGACAAAAACCCUGGUGGCAUCUGCAAUGAGAAGAAUGGUAUCGCCGGUGCUACCGGGCUUCCUGAUGCCGGUGAGGGUUUCCAUACCUACACCACUAUCAUCGAUCGGACACCAGGAAACUGGAAGGAAGAGAGUGUCUCUUUCUACCUCGACGGUACUCAGUACCAUCAAGUCACUGGUGACAGGAUCGGAGAUGAACAAGUUUGGGGCAAGAUCGCCCACAACUUGAUCCAUUUCAUCUUGAACGUUGCUGUUGGCGGAGAAUGGCCUGGUGACCCAAAUGAGUCAACACUGGACGGAUUGGAUAAUGCCAUGGAGGUCAAAUAUGUUGCUCACUAUGAGUCGACUGGUUCAGGACGUGUUCCCAAGUACCAGGAUAUUGAGAGUGGUCAGAGCGAUUAUGGGUAUGGCCAUGUCUCUGAGCCCAAGUUCCCCCAGUCACCUCCAAGGAUUCCUCAUUCAACAAGGCCGCACCCGUCGCCGGAUUACUUUGACUUCCCUCCGCCAUCCUCUCCUCAUGAUGGAGACCUGCCCAUUUACGACGUUCCUGGCCGCCCUGGUGUCUAUUCGAUCCCUGAUGUUCCUUUCUUGCGUGAAGUUCGUCCUGGUAUUUAUGAAACGGAUGGCAUGACUUAUAGCAUUCCUGAACUUCCUGGUCUUCGAAAGAUUCCUGGUAGCCCUGGCUUGUAUCGAAUUUCUCGUUCUCACGACAAUCACAGUUAUCCAGGUUAUUCUGAUCCUCAUGAACUACCUACUUACCACAAUUUCCCAGCUCCUGGGCGACCACCUCGGGGACCGGAUUAUGAAACAUCGCCAUUCCCUUCUCGCCCUCGGCCUGAGCCUAGGCCAGCACCUGUUCCUGGCCGUAUGACCGAUACUGAUAGGCAGAAUCACCCAUCGCCGAUGUAUCCUACUCGUGGUAGAUAUGGGUCAUCUCAACAAACCCACGAAUUUCCAAAUCACUCCCAAGGUGGCUUUACAGAGGCUGCCUCUCACUAUCCCCACAACGACUCUCAAGGGCAUGGGGCACAAUGUCCAGCCCCUAGUGCUGGAAGCCCUUACCAUGGAACCUAUGGUCGCCCAGGUGGUUGGGGUCCUGGAACUGGAAAAGGAUGUUCUGACAGCGUUGCACCCAACAAGCUGAAGGCUCGUCACAUUUCUUCUCCUGACUAUAAGGAGGAAAUAGAAUCAGAGAUUGAUUCCGAGUCUUCGAAACCACGCAUGCCAUAUCGCUUCAAAACUCCCGGCUACCCACCUGCUCCUGGACCAAAUGCUAUUGCGCCACCCACGGUUGCUCAGGGUGAGUUUGGUGGUGUUCAGGCUAAAGACAAGAGCAAGUAUCUUGAUCGCAGUAACGCAGCUCGGGACAUGUCCUAUCGCUUCAAGACUCCCGGCUACCCACCUGCUCUUGCACCAGAUGCUGUUGCACCGCCUACUGUUACCCCUGGCGAGUUUGGUGGUGUCCAGCCUGGGGUUGGUGGCGGAUGUCUUGAUCGUAAAAACAUCGCUCGGGACAUGCCUCCUCGAUUCAAGACUCCUGGUUUCCCACCUCUUCCUGCACCAGAUGCCGUCGCACCACCUACCGUUGCGCCCGGCGAGUUUGGUGGCGUCCAGGCUAAGGAUAACGGCAAGUAUCCUGAUCCAAGGGGGGUCAAUGGAACUACUCCUGUCUCUGGUCAAGGUACGCCUAGGUAUGGCGUUUCCAAGGAAGGUUCAAUGAUGGCAAUGGUAUUUGCGGUUGUUGCACUUCUCAUUCUCUAUUAG